UCCCUGCUCACUGGCCACCACUCACUUUCUGCAUCUCUCUGGGACGUGCAUCACCCAGCAGGAUGUGGGCAAAGACAGUUACAGGAAAUUUUGCCAAGGUGAUUCAUGGUUUGAAUGCAAAUCAGUUGACAGAUCAAGUAAUUCAGAGAAGUAAGCGAAUGAUUCUGGAUACUCUUGGAGUGGGGCUUCUGGGCACCAGCACAGAGGUCUGCCACAAAGUGGCACAGUACAGCAAGAUCUACAGCUCAGAUUUAUCCAGUACCAUCUGGGGCCACUUGGAUUUCCGACUGCCUCCUCUGUAUGCAGCUUUUGUGAAUGGAGUGGCUGUGCACUCAAUGGACUUUGAUGACACCUGGCAUCCAGCCACACACCCAUCUGGGGCUGUGCUCCCUGCACUGAUUGCACUCUCAGAGGCCUUUCCUCAGAAGAAAAAAAUCUCAGGUCUUGAUCUGCUCUUAGCUUUCAAUGUGGGAAUCGAGGUGCAAGGCAGAUUGCUGCACUUCUCCAGAGAAGCCAGGAAUAUUCCAAAAAGGUUCCACCCACCAGCAGUGGUUGGUACAAUAGGGAGUGCAGCAGCUUGUGCUAAACUGCUAGCUCUUGACCAGCUGGAUUGUAAAAAUGCCUUGGCUAUUGCUGCCUCCUAUGCAGGUGCCCCACUGGCUAAUGCAGCAACUCAAAUAAAGCCCCUCCAUGUUGGGAAUGCUGCCAAGCACGGACUGGAAGCAGCUUGCUUAGCUUCACAGGGCCUUCAAGGAAACAAACAGAUCUUGGACAUGGAGUCAGGGAUGGGUGCCUUUUAUACAGAUUACAGCCCACAGACUCUGCCAACCUUGCAGUCCUACCCCUGGCUCUUGGACCAGCAAGAUGUGGCCAUCAAACGCUUUCCUGCUCAUCUGGCAACACACUGGGUGGCUGAUGCAGCAUCUUCUGUUAGGAGCAAGCUUGUGGAGAGCACUGAGAACUUGUUCCCCCUUGAUAAAAUUGAGAAAGUCAUUCUCAAAGUCCCUGAGGUCAAAUAUGUGAACAGACCCAGCCCAGCCUCAGAGCACGAAGCACGACACUCCUUCCAGUUUGUUGCAUGCUCUAGUUUGCUGGAUGGCAGCAUGUCAGUCAAGUCCUUCACCAGUGAGAAUGUUCACAGGCCAGCCCUGCAAGCACUCCUCUGCAGAACACAGCUGGAGCACCCUGCUGACAACACCCCCAGCUUUGACAGCCUUUACUGCGAAGUCAGCGUCACGCUUCGGGACGGCAGCACCAUCAGCGACCGCUGCACGACCUUCUACGGGCACUGGAGGAAACCUCUGGAAAAGGAAGACCUGGAGAGAAAGUUUCAAUCCAAUGCACUCGGCACCCUGCCUGCAGAAGCUGUGGAAGGCAUUAUAGAGACUGUGUACAACCUGGAAAAAGUAGAGGACUGUUCUGUGUUAAGUACAUUUCUAUCAGGACAGCCAGCUAGAGCACUUCCAGAGAAGCUGCGCCUCCUUUGAAUGCUCCAGCCAACAGCUACAUGCUCUUCACAAAGCCAAUGCAAAAUUCAGGACAAACUCCUACUUGGUGACUCAAGCACUUUUAAAUAAGACUCCUGGAACACAAGAACCAUAUUCAGUCCAAUAUUGUGGGCUUUGACAAAGUAAAUAAUUUGGUGAUUAUGUGCCCAGCUUAGCCAGGCUGAACAGAAGAUCCUCUGCUGGCACAGCCAACUCCAGCUCUCUUUGUAUCUCUACAGGCAGAGCACUCACCGCUUGCACAUGGCACAAAAAUCUCCCUGCUCUUCUGCCAAAAAUCUGUGUUCUGCUUCUCCUAAAUAACUCCAUACAGGAAAUCCAAAUUCUGGAAGAAUAUGGAAGCGCUGUGUCUGUGAAAAUCAUCAUGGUUAGAAGUACAGAGAACAAAAGCCUUUAUAUAUUUAUUUCUGUAGAUUUAUUUCUACAACCCCCUUGAAGAGGGCACCUGUUAGGUCUGAGCAUUGACAUUUGUGCUAAAAUAAACACAGCACCCAUAGGGAGGGGUAGCACUCAAUACUCUACAGCGUGUCAGGUGUCACUGCAGCCAUUGCCCUUGCACUGAGGCAGCAAAGGCCUGGGCCCAGCCUGAUCACAGGAGUGCUGAGCAGGAGGGACAGCUCCACACUUAUCAUCAUAAAGGUUUUGUUUCCCUGUUUUAUAUUCCACCUGUUGGCUCCUCUGUGGUACAGGUCUAUUCCUGUUUUAUUCCUGCCCCAGUUCCAUAAGACACAGAACAGGUGAUGUCAGUUUAGGUUCCUUCAGGCCCAGCAGUGUGGGCUACACUACCCUGGGCAGGAGUGACAGAGACCUGUGAGCACCAGGGCACUUCUUAUGUGAGACAACCUGGUGUCCACAGUGGACCUUGAUAAUGAAUUCUGGGAAUUUUUCGUUCCUCCAGGUGUACAAAGCCUUACCAGAUUGACCUUCUAUAAUAAGCUGCCAAGCCUUUGUUCACAUUUGUAAGAUCAAAGCACGUGCUCUAACACAUAUAAAAUUUGUCUUCCUCAGGGCACUGAACAAUGUACGCAAAAAAAAAAAAAUCACAAAAUAAAUCUAAUUCAUUUUACCAAAUAAAUCUGAAAUUAUUUCAUUUAUUUGCACAAAAUUUGAGUAUUUUCCACAGGCAAUGCAUUAAUUUGUGCUGGGUCUUGGUUUAUAAAGUUGGUUUACCAAGGGGCUCUGCAAAAAUUUUGGAAGUCCAUUAGUAAUACUUGCUUAAAGACUUGCAAGGGGAAAAAAGAAGCCAAAUAACCACAUUCUUUUAUUUUUCCUUUCUGAUUAGAAAUCAGAAUUUAAUUACUAUACUGAAGGUAAACAGACUGAUUUACCCCAUUGCCCAUUCAUGAAUACAUC